AUGAUGGCUCCGGAACCGCUGCGUUCAGCUAUGAAUAUCCGAUGCGUGGAGGACACUUCGCUUGCGGUGCCCUCCGACACCAAGCUGCACUCAGGACAGCAGCGCGUGCUGGAUCAAGUGCACACCAUCAAGAGAAGCAAGUCAAAACCUGGGAAGAACGGCACAUUGUCCCCCCCAGCUCUAAGCCCAUUACCGCAGAAUAUGUCAACAUAUGAGUUUGGAACCUUCAAGUUUUCUCCGUCCAAAGCAAAUGGGUUCUUCAGUCGCACCAACUCCAGUCAGUCAACAGCCAAAGUGGGACAUACUACAAAGAGUCGCACUCUAUCUGCUAAAACCUCCAAAGGACAACAUUACAGCUCAGGUGGAUGGGAACAGAACAACUUUGCCACCCGGUCCCAGACCCUGACCCCCAAUGGGAUGAGAUCCGCUCGCAGUGACCCGGCCUUGGCUCGUCCAUUUGGUGCUGCUCCUACAGGCGGAACUGUUAUGAGAGCCAAAGGGCAGGCGGUCCAGAACAACAUCAUGCAGAAUCGAGUCAAUAGACAAAGCGUCUACUCUACGACCAGUAACCACCAGAUGAACAGUAACCACCAGACGAACAGUAACCCCCAUAUGAACAGUAACCACCAGAUGACCAACAGCCAGACACACAUCGUCCAGCAGCCCUCCAUGCACUCUAUGACCGACGGCAGGAUGGGAACCAUCAAAAGGUCCAACAUAGAGCAGAUAUCAGCGGUGAACAGCUCGGUGAACAUGUCAGAUAUGACCCUGAAGCAGGCAAUCGAGUUCCUGUCUCACUCGGAUGAGAAUUACCAGCAAUGUGGAGCCACCUUCAUUCAACACACCACCUACAAAGAGGAGAGCACCAAACAGGACGUUUUAAAAAUGGGAGGUAUCCCGGCUCUUGUGACCCUGCUGCGGAGCGCCAACCCUGGGGUGAGCCAGGCUGCUGCUGGCGCUCUGAGGAACCUGGUGUUCAAAGACCAGGCCAACAAGCUGGAGGUUCAGCACUGUGGCGGGAUCGCUAAGGCCCUGCAGCUGCUGAAGGAGUCAGACUCUACUGAGACGCAGAAACAAAUAACUGGACUGCUCUGGAACCUGUCCUCUGCCGACGAGCUGAAGGAAGAGAUGAUUUCUACAGCGCUGCCCGCCCUGACAGAGAACGUGGUGGAACCUUUCACCUGCUGGUCAGACAAAAGCACCAACAACAACAUCCACCCUGAUGUCUUCUACAGCGCCACAGGGUGCCUGCGGAACCUGAGCUCCGGCAAAAAGAAGGACAGAGAGGCAAUGAGAGAUUGCAGUGGCCUAAUCAACUCCAUCAUGAGUUACAUCCAGUCCUGUGUGGCAGAGGACAACCCUGAUGACAAGUCUGUGGAGAACUGUGCAUGCAUCCUCCAUAACUUGACCUACCAGCUGGAGGAAGAGUCCCCUGGGUGCUACAGCAAGUUCCAACCUGCGGGGAGGAAAGGCUCUGCAGUUGGAUGCUUCAGCCCCAAGAGCAGCAAGGCCCAAAAGGAGAUUUCACUUGACGCGGUACGGGGGAUGCCGGAGGAGAGCACCCCGACAGGUGUGAACUGGUUGUGCCACCCCAAAGCCAUGCAGACCUAUAUGUCUCUGCUGGGCUCGUCCCAGAAAGAUGCCACCCUGGAAGCCUGCUGCGGGGCCCUGCAGAACCUCACUGCCUUAAAGGGAGCGGGGUCCAGUUCCAUGAGUCAGUUAAUGGUUCAAAAGCUGGGGGCUCUCAUGCACCUUCGACCCCUUUUAAAAUCUCCCAGCCCGGGCCUGCAGAAGACUGCCAUGUCUCUGCUGGGUAACAUGUCUCGGACCAGCAGUUUGCAGACCUCCAUGGCAAAGCAGAUCCUGCCUGACAUCACCAGCCUCCUCUCCUCUACCCCUAAAGAGAUGGGAAACUCCGACGACACCAUAACAUCAGCUUGCAACACAGCAUGCAAUCUGAUGAUUGCGGACAGUGAGGUCAGCAAGAAAGUCGUCGAUCAAAGUCUGGUGUUAGCCAUGGCCGACCUCAGCAAGAACGCGUCUUUCCCAAAAGGCAGCAGAGCCGCUUCGAUGUUGCUCCACACCUUAUGGAGCGAUAAGAAUUUGCAAGGUGUCGUGAAAAAGCUGGGGCUGGACAAAUCACUUUUUGUCAAUGACUACAUCACUUCAGUGCAGAAGUCCAUGCAGCUCUCUGAGUGAGUGACAGAAGAGCAGAACAGCACCACAGAGCUCGAGAGGUUUGAUUUCUUCGAAGUACUUGCAUCUGCAUGUAUUCAGAUUUAAAGGGUUUGUCGGCCGAAAUGAGCUGAAUUUGUGUCAUGAGGUUUAAAAAAAAAAAUUCUCUGCUCCUCUUUUCCUGUAUUUACUCCUGUGUGUGUGCUCGCAGAUGAAAAGCAUGUUUAGACACUGUGUGGCCACACCCUUGUAACAAGGAGAGUCAAUUACAUUAAUCACAUAACAAACUUGUUGAAAGAGCCUUUCAAUUUCAUACAUUGUACAUACAGCUAAAAAAACACAGCUUUUAAUUCCUGGAUAAUUGGUGUGUUGCGUAUUUAAUGUGCAUAUGUUUCUGUCUGUGUAAAUAAAGGGUGAGUGUGUGA